CAAUGCAUGGAAGGAAUUUAGAGCCAAUAGAUUGAGUUGCACGUACCCACAGUUUUCCUUUAUUCGGUUGAACACACUUCUCUCCUGACCUCACUACUUACUUACUCCCUUCUCUAUAGCCACUUAUAUUCACUUUCCAUUUCUCCAAAACAGACUUCUUUCUCUAUAGAAGACACAACAGGGAAAAUGGACUCUGCAACAACAAGAAGAUGGCCUUGUUUUCUUGAGAAAAACGAUGGUCUUGCCUCUAUAGCUGAAAUGGGAAACCAUUAUCAUCACAUGAAUCACAACUCAUUAAUUUCUAGGAGGAAUAGUUUCAAGAAUCUGUACUCCUCCUCUUCCUCUUCUCGUUCGUCACCAAGAUUGUCUAGUGGAACAAGGUUGUAUCAUACUAGAUUUGAACAACAAGUACACUUCUUGGAAUCUUGUUUUCUUUGUAACAAACCACUUGGUCACAACAGAGACAUCUUUAUGUACAGAGGGGAUACUCCAUUUUGCAGUGAAGAGUGCAGGCAAGAACAGAUAGAAAUGGAUGAAGUCAAGGAGAAACAAUUCAAUCUUUCAGCUUCUAUAAAGGCUUUGAGAAAAAAGGACCAGAUAAAGUCCACUACCUCUCAAAAUAACUCUGCACAAGAAUACCCUUUAUGCAGAGGCAGUGUUGCUGCAGCUUGAAUUAAAAAAAAAAAAAAAAAAACAGCCAGCCAAAGCAUCGCCCGUUGGCAGGAUCCGCUAUAGUAGUAUAUAGAAUUUUAUUUUAUUUUUGAAAAUAAUGUAUAUGUUGAUGAGGAGGGAGUGGGGGCUAUCAUUUUGCUGGUUAGUCUUACGUGAUAAAAGUAAUGGCUAUACUUUUUGGUGGUAUGCCAAAGUUUUUUUUUUUUUUUUUAUGCCACUUUUUAUGAUUUCGUGGGCUGUUUUCACGAUGGAAAAAGAGGAGCAAUGAUAGGCAGCGUCCACUAUCACUUUUGUUCUGUUAAUAUCGUAUCAUUUCAAUUUUGUGUUGAACGUAUAAUAAAUUACUCAAGGGGGAAUAUAUGCCUUAAGUUACAUA